GAUUUUUUAAAAAGUCAGGAUAUGGACAGAAUAUGGUCCGCGCGUCAUUCCCACGAUGAUUUACAGCCAAUGGACACUUUAUUCCUAUUUUUAUACAUUCUUUGAGUCAUUUUAGACAGGGAUACGUAAGGUGACCUUCAUGCCAACACUCUCAACUCGGCUUUGACUGCCUGCUUCUUGCGUCAGACGUACACGCCCCAAAACAACCAGAAGGCUUGAACGCGCAACGUGAGACGCCUAUACUACGACUUCAUUCAACAUUGCCACGCCUUUCAACGUAAACAAAUGGGGGCUUGACCAAUAGAAAUCACCAUAGAUCAGCCGAUGAUCAGAUGACUGAAAAGGAGAAACUAUUUAAAACUCUAAUGAGACACUUGAUGCCAGUUUAUACAUUUCUUUCAACGGCGCUUCCACCAGAGCGCACUGAACGCACCACCGGCGGCUCGUAGCUCUUUGUCACCACUGGAUCUAACCACACACAGGCACAUCUACCUUCCAUACCUAUCCACCGGCAGUGUUAAAAUACAUUUUUAAUCUCGGGAGGCUUUUAUUUCCCCCGGACGCGUUUGUGGCUGAGAAAUGAAUCUUAAAGCCAUUUCACUGUGGAUUUUUCUACAGUGUGCUUUUGCGCUCUUCUCGUCUGGUCUUGGGGAAAACGCUAUUCUUAAAGAUGACAACAGUGCAGUGGACGAGUUCUCAACAAACACCAAGUCUUUUGAAGGUUCUGUCAAAUACAACCUGAGAAAGAGCUUAGACCUGGACCAGGAGGGCUGCUACCUGCAAACUGGAAACAAAGAGUGUCUAGAGGAGUGUGGCUUUAAUGCUACAGCCAAGACAAUCUUCAUCAUCCAUGGCUGGACGAUCGGUGGGAUGUUUGAGAACUGGAUGCACAAGCUGGUCUCAGCGGUGAUGCAGCGUGAAAGUGAGGCCAAUGUGAUCGUAGUGGAUUGGCUGUUGAUGGCUCAGCAGCUGUACCCAGAUGCAGUCAACCAUACCCGCACUGUAGGCUCCGACAUAGCCUCCAUGCUCAACUGGCUUCAGGAUGAGCGUCAACUGCCCCUGGAAAACGUGCACCUGAUUGGCUACAGUCUCGGUGCUCAUGUAGCAGGUUACGCUGGAACAUUUGUCAGAGGAAAGAUUGGUCGUAUCACUGGUCUGGACCCAGCAGGGCCGAUGUUUGAAGGUGUAGAGGAAAAGAAGCGCCUUUCUCCAGAUGAUGCAGACUUCGUGGACGUACUGCACACAUAUACUCGCGAGGCCUUGGGUUUGAGCAUCGGGAUCCAGCAACCAAUUGGGGAUAUUGACAUCUACCCCAAUGGUGGUGAUGUACAGCCUGGUUGUGCGCUUAGUGACGUCCUGGCAGUAGCUGGAAAUUUCAUGGAGGUUAUGAAAUGUGAGCAUGAACGCGCCGUCCACCUGUUCGUGGACUCCCUCAUGAACAAGGAGCACAUGAGCUACGCCUUCCAGUGCACCGGCCCAGACCGAUUCAAGAAGGGCAUCUGUCUGAGCUGCCGCAAAAACCGCUGCAACAACUUUGGCUACAAUGCGAGAAAAAUGCGCAAGAGACGCAACAGUAAAAUGUACCUGAAGACACGUGCAGACACUCCCUUUGGAGGUUACCACUACCAGAUGAAGAUGCACGUGUUCAACAGGAAAGAGGCUGACAACGCAGAUCCUACCUUUCAUGUCAAGUUGUACGGUGCCCACAAUGACACCGGAGACAUGUUUGUUGAUGUUCAUGAUGGAAUUAUAGGUCUGAACCUGACCAACACCUUCUUGGUGUUCACCGAGGAGGAUAUUGGCGAUCUGCUUAAGAUCCGUCUGAGUUGGGAAAGUGAAGUGGACUCCUGGACCUCAAUGUGGAAGAGCCUCAGGAAGAAUUUCUGGUCCUGGAACCCCAAACCCGUCAAUCCUGUGCUGGAAGUUCGGCGGAUUCGUGUGAAAGCUGGAGAAACGCAAAAGAAGUUUACCUUCUGUGCCCAAGAUACCUCAAAAACUGAAAUAUCACCAGGAGAAUCUGUAACGUUUGUAAAAUGCCGUGAUGGUUGGGAAGUGAAACCCAGAAAAAGAAUACCAAUGUAACAACUCAGCACUUCAUCAACCAAUGCACCAUCACCAUGGGGACCCAACAUGGAUAAGCAAGAAGCACUGCCUUCUCUUGAAGCAUGCACUUUUGUUUGGAGGAGGAUUGUUCAGCACAUGGUGGGAGAGGCCUGAGGUCUUGGACUCUUUAACUGUACCUGGAUGGUUUCUGGGACAAAAACAAAGAGGACUCUGGGCUCUGUCCGGGGUACAGGACCGAUGGAAAAGCGCACCGACGCUGAAGGUUGGGGCAGUCUCCAACAUGUUGAGAUUGCCUGAAGAGUUACAGAACGUUCCUUUGGUGUGGACUAGUGAAGUAGAACUAGAUCAGCGGACGUACACCAGCAACUGUAGUCACUGUACUGUACAUUUUAAAAUAUUUUUUUAUUUAUAAGAGAAUGGAAGCACUGCAAGACCAAUGUUAUUUAUCGAAAGCAUAUCCCAUAAUGAAGCGUAUGUGGAUAGCAUUUCUUCUAGAUGCAGUAUUUUUGUGUAUGUGUGUGUGUGUGUGUGUGUGUGUGUAUGGUGUGUGUACAUGUGUGACCAAGAUGUGUGCCUUUCUGCUGAGAGAGAUUACUGAUGAAACACUGAAGGAGACAGCUGAUCUCAUUGCACACAAACUUUCUGUACAGCGUUACUGUAUGUGGCUUAUUUUGUGGUUGUGUUUGUGUAAAUAUUGUAUAUAACUUUUUGGGGAAAAAAAAUAAAUUCACCUGUUAUUUCUA